AGCGAUGUUGUUGUGUUUCAUGCUUUCAUGUCUCAGGUAGUUCAUUCAUUCUGAGAUUACUUCCUGCAGCGCGAUCAAUUCGAUCUCGUGGUAGAACGCACGUGUGAUGAUUCGUUCGACAUCGGUCUUCAGACAUGUGCUAGAAAUUUCAAAGUUAUUCGAUUAAAGUAAAUAAUUUUUGCAACAAUGGCGCAACAAAACGAAGACUAUUACAUCAAGGCUGUCAUCCUCGAUUAUUUGACCAAAAAAGAUCCGGCGUUGGCUUCAAUUUUCCAGAAGAAAUGUUCUGCGAGUACUCUCACCCAACGAUCAGCAACCUUAACGGAAGUAAUAUCGCAUUUUAUAAAAACGUCUAAAAAGAAAAUAGAAUUAACGUCGCAGCUAACGAAGAAAGCUUCUUCAUCGGAUUCCAGUUCAGAAUCGGACGACGAGGCGCCCGCAAAACCAGUCAAAUCUGUUUCGAAACCUUUAACAAAUGGAACGGCUGCCCUUAAAGUUACCAAAGCGAAAGCGCCGGCAAGCAGCGACGAUUCCAGCGAAGAUAGCGACGAUAAGAAGACACCGAUAGUCAAUAAAACCAACAUCGCGUCGUCUAAAGGGCCCUCGGCCGUUGCUAAAAAGAAUGUCCCUAUUACGCCUGUGGCGAAAAAAAACGGAAGCAGUAGCGAAGAUUCCGAGUCCGACGAAGAAGAAGACUGCGUAAAAACUCUCGUCACUCCGAAAUCGACGAAUCAGUCGAUCAACAAACAAACGCUCAAUGUAACGAAAAAGCCCGCGUCAAAGCAACAGAGCAGUACUACCGAGGAAGAAUCGGAUUCCGAAGAAGAAGCGCCACCCAAAAAAAUUAGUGCGCCGAGUGCAACUACCAAGUCGCCGUCGGUUCAGUCGCCCGCCAAAAUUUCGAUAGUACCUGCCGCCGCUGAAAGCAGUAGCGAUGAUUCGGACGACGACGAUGAAGACGACAAGCGUAAGCCUACGUUGAAGAAAACUACGCCGAACGUAAAUGCGAGCACCAGCAAAGGUCUAACAAAUGCCAAAACUGCAGCGAGUAAAGCGACUAAGGAAGAAAGCAGCGAUGAAUCGAGCUCUGACGAUGAAGAUACACCGGCGACGAAACCAACGCCAGUUAAAAAAGUCGCGAAUAACGUUACCGCGACGAAAGCCGCGCAGAAACAAGAAAGCAGCGGUAGCGAAGAAUCCAGCGAAGAAGAAGAAUCUAAACCAGCGCCUAAAACACCCGUGAAAACGCCACUACGUCCGGUUACACCGUCGCAGCCGAAGAAACAAGAAUCCGAUGACGAUGACGAUGACUCGAGUUCGGAAGAUGACGACGAAGACGAAGCGCAGCUGCCCAAGAAAACCGUCAAACCUGCUGCUGCGGCGAACACCGGCGUCAAAACUCCUGUUUCGUCGAAAUCGGCGGCUAAAGACGAAAGUAGCAGCAGUAGUGAAGAGAGUUCGGACGAUAAGAACGCUACUCCGGUAAAUUCUAAACGGAAAACAGUUCAAGGCGCUACUAAAGGAACACCAGCACCGGCUUCAUUCAAGAAGUCCGCUCAGAAGAAGCAAGAUUCGAGCGAGAGCGACGAAUCGGACGACGAACCUGCUUCGAAACAAACUCCGAAACUAGCCCCUAAAAAAGUCGCACCAGUACAAGAAAGCUCUGACGACGACGACGACGAUGAUGACGACAGCGACAAUGACGUAACAAAAACUCCUUCCGCAAACAAUAAAGCGGCGAUUGUGAAGAAGAAUGUUCCAAAGAAUCAGAAGGAAUCUGAGGAAGAAUCGAGCGACGACGACGAUGACGAUGAUGAAGAAGAAGCGCCGAUUUCCAACAAAAACGCAGUCAACCCGUUAAAACGAAAAAUCGAAGCUGAUAGUCCUUCUAGUCCUACGAAGAAACAGCCGAAAUAUCAGAAUUUUGUGAAGAGUAACGAUACUUCAAACAACAACGAAAAUAACGUAAAUUGGAAAAGAAGGCAUUCUGAGCCAUUUAGACGAGUAAACGCCGAAGAAGUUGAAAUAGACGAGCAAUUAAGAGAUCAAAAUUACGUAGCGAAGAGAGGCUCUUUCGGUAGCUGGGGAGACAAAGCUGCGAAAAUUUUAAUCAACACCAAGGGCAAAUCAUUCCGACACGAAAAAACGAAAAAAAAGAGAGGCACCUAUAAAGGCGGCAUUAUAACCACCCGAGUAAAUUCCAUCAAAUUUUAAAUAGAAUCGACCAACUUCACUUUUUCAAGUACGAAGUACGUUUACGUACCGUACGUGCUAAAUUUUCACCGAGUAAGAUACUUUUCAUCGUUUUAGCAACGUUACAUUGAACGUUAUACUUCGAGUUAAUUUUAAAAUCGAUUAUUAUUCAUUUUUUUUUUCCCCGUAAGUUUAUGUGGUUUUUAUUAUUAACGUAGUUUUAUUCCCCUGUGUAUGUAAGCUGUGUACGUUUUUUUCAUUUCAUUUUUAGACUAUGUUUUUAUUUUUAAUUAUUCCAACAGCCGAGGAGGUAUGCUUAUGUUUAGUACUAUUUUUGGCAUUUGGCCCGUGCGUUUUCUCCCUUUUAUUUUUUUACAAUCUGUUACCUCUGUCCGUGUCGAUGUCUAUGUCGAUGAGCGUACGUGGUCGAAUACGGAUCGCUUUAUCGGAAGACAAAAGGUGUUUUCCGCGUUCGCUUCGUAUCGUAUAUUAAAAAAGCCGUAAGUACGGAUCAGCAGACGAUAUUGAAUUUUUUUUAAUUUACGAUUUAUAAGUGGCCGAUGCCACGUUUCUUCCUAUUUAUAUAUUUAUUUUUUACUGCAUUUUAUUUUAUUCUUUUUUGUUUCUUUCUAAUUGAAAUAUUUGCGACGGACGAUACAACUACCUUAAUUACUUUGUACCGUAGCUACGUUUAUGUAAAGUACCUGUUACGUUAUAUCGCGUUAUUCUGUUAUGUAUUUAGUAGUUUUUCUAUAUUACUAAAAACGCGUAUGUCUCUUAUAUAAUGUACUGCAUUGUAAUAAUGAUAAAAAGUGAUAAGAUGGAAACAACAAUAAAAUUUUGAGACGACAA